UUCGAUGUGUAUCGCGUAAAUGAAUUUUUGUUUUGGUCUUAUGUUUAAAACAAUUUUUUUAACGGUUACACGGUCUGUAGAAUAAGUUAAAUGACUGUCUUGGUGAUUUAUUACAAAAUAUUGUGCAUUUCUUAAUUAUAAUUAUGAAUUUUUAGUUGAAGAAAGAUGAUGGAUGAUAUAGUUAUCUAACUUAAAGUGUUAUUUCAUUUAUGUAUGGUGAUAAUGGUCUGUAACAAAUAUGCUCCAUUCUUUAAAAUGAUUUCAUAGUGGCAGUUGCUUAGUAUAAUUUAAAAAAAAAAAUUAAUUAAUUAACUGAUAUGUACGAGAACUCUGUCGAAACAAUAUGAUGUUGAGCUAUACAAGAACUGUGUUGAAAGUGCAAUUGAAAAUGUGAUUUUUCGAUGACUGACAAUUAAUUAAAUUGUGCAAUAUAACACCAAAUGGAUAAAAAAUUUACCAAAAAUGGAUUACAGAUUUACUUUACACAGAUUAUGGACUAUUUUAAUGUCAAUUCAUCUCGUAAAUGCUUGUUACUUUUACUCAAAACUUGGUCAAGAUUCGGAAGCUGAGGGCGUUCGCUUCAUUCGCGUGCGAGAAGAUAUGAACGUUGGCUCCGAUAUACUAACAUUACGAGCCUAUCCCAGAGAUUCGAUCAAAAUCAAAGGCAUUGAUCGAUCGUCGGAUUAUAAAUUUUUUAAGCUAUUAGAGAUUAACAGCACCUUCGUUCAAGUUUUAUUGGACAAAACACUGGAAGACUUAGUUGAUAGAGACGUGCCACAGAAUUUAUUAAAAUUUAAGAUUGAAUGUUCCAGCAGGGAUGGUAGAAACGAAGAGACAUCAUCCUUGGCAAUAACGGUUUACAUUGAAGAUAUCAAUGAUAAUUUUCCGAAAUUUAAAAACCUGCCAUACACAAUAAAUGUAGAUGAGUCUACCCCGGUCGGGUCUACCGUAUUCCAAGGCAUAUCGGCAUUCGAUCGCGACAAACCGAACACACCCAAUUCGGACGUACAAUAUUCAAUGGGGCUACAAGAUUUUGGUCCUGGCGGGCCAUAUUUCUCCUUAGAAAGUCCUCAUCGACCAGCCGUAGUUCUUCGUAGACCAUUGGAUUAUGACGAGGGCAUUCAACAGUUUGUGAUACCUAUUAUCGCAUCGGAUCGAGGAACACCGCCCAAAAUAUCGAACACAAAUUUAACCAUUUAUAUUGACGAUAGUGAUGAUCAACCUCCUCGGUUCACAGAAGGCGUUUACCGAACCAAAAUUAAUGAGUUUUAUCCCUUGACGGGCAAACAUAUACGAAAGAUCCUAAAAUUUAAGCCCGAGAUCAAGGCAUACGACCAAGACUCCAUAAACUCCACUUUGAUUUACGAUAUAAUCGCUGGUAAUGAGCGAGGUCUGUUCACAGUUAAUCCAACAUCCGGCGAUAUUUUCUUGGAACGAGAAAUCGAUUUGGAAGAAGAAAGCCUACCGGGUAACACAUUCGUACUACAAUUGGAAACUCGCCAACAGGACAAUCCGUUGAAACGGGCUGUGGCUCGGGUCGAAAUCGAGAUAAUAGAUCUGAAUGAUAAUGCGCCGGAAUUUGAAGUUGAUCUGUACAACAUAUCGAUAGUGGAAAAUUUGCCGAGCGGUUUUAGCGUUCUACAAGUUAAUGCCAUCGACCGAGAUCAGGGGGAAAAUGCCGAGUUUUACUAUCACAUUAAUGACGAAAAUCCACCGGGAGCAUUCGUUAUAGACCCUCGAACUGGUUGGAUCACUGUACGGGAUCAAGAGCUCUUGGACAAAGAAGCGCGUCCCAAUAUUUUGAUGUCAGUGCAGGCCCUGGAAAAGAAGGAACCGUACGAUCGAAGAGAUUAUAAUGCGGGAAAGGUUAACGUAGAGAUAACAUUACUCGAUUCGAACGACAAUACUCCGGAAUUCGAGAUGGGUAAUUUGUAUGAAUUUAAAUGCAAUAUCGACGCUCCUGUGGGCCACAUAGUCGGAUAUGUGACAGCAACUGAUCCAGAUGAGGGCCGUAAUGGAAUGAUUUUAUACGAAUUGCAACAUCCGAGAGGAAGUGGCGUUGUCCCUUUCAAAUUAGACUCGAAUUCUGGUGCGAUCAUGGUUUCUGGUCCACUGCGACGUGGAAGAAUCGCUGUGUUCGUUGAAGCAAGUGAUCAGCCGGCUAAUCCAUCGGAAAGACGAUUUUCAUUGGCUGUUGUUACGAUUGAAGUUGUCGCUGAAAUAUCCACUGGUGCUGUGGACUUUAUCGGUGCUCCUUAUGAGUUUUGGGUCGGUGCCGAUGUUCCGAUCGGGUCCUCUAUUGGACAAAUACGAACGAAUUUAGACUUUGACGGGCAAAGUGAAGUUAUGUACGACCUUUUGCAUUCAUACUCUGAGGGUGUGCCGUUCGCUGUUGAAGAAAGGUCUGGAAUUGUGACGGUAAUCCGAGAUUUUGCUGACUUUGAUCGUGUAUACUAUGAGUUUGAAGCUGUAGCAGCGCACGAAGCAGUGGACAAGCCGUACAGCAAAUUAAUUCGUAGGAACUCAAAGUCCGAACGACAAAUAACGAAAAAUGGUGAAGUAUUUGAGAUUGACGAGGGAGUCAUUUCAGACAGUCAAAAUGUUCUGGUUACCAAUGUGACCAUUCACAUUGUCAAUCCGGACGAUGAGCGGGGAAUUUUGAUGAGAGGCACAUACGCCGAUCCGAUCGAAUUUCAUAUCAAGGAAAAUUUGGCUGGUGCAUUGAUCGGUCAACUAUUGUAUCAGAAUGCUACAGUGAAGCAACUAGAAAACUUUAAGCCUCAAGGGAAAUCACUUCAGAGCAAUACUACGACAACUGGUGAUGAGCCCAGAGAAAUGUACAGCGCAAAGAGUGCGAGAAAAGACCGACAGAUUUUCCAGAAAAAUCCACACAACGGAACGAACAAAGCAAAGAAGAAGUACACCCGGAAAAAUCGCGACACUGACCUCUCGACAUUUUAUGUAUCGGUUACACCAACCGUUUACUUCGACGAUGUUUUAUUCGGUGAAGAGGCUCAAACAAUUCUGAGCAUAGCGGAACCUCUAACAGCACCAGCACCAUUGAAGGGUAAGAAUGCCAAGAUCAAAGAAUUGGAAACGGGCGAACAUAUUGAGUACAGCCGAAAAUCGACUUACGACACUCGCAUCAAUGGGAAAGAUAAGCCAAGUCACUACGAAACUUAUGCAGCCACGAAAUUCGUGAAUCCCAUAUCCAAUGACGACAUUCCGAAUGAUUCAAUAGUGAGUGAGAGUCCCGAUCAAUCCUUAGACUCGGUGAACGUUCCGUCUGGGCCGGUGGAAGUUGUGAUAACACCAAAGCCUCGAAUUGCCAAGCAACGAAAUCUAUUUGUGCUAAAGCCGAACGUAACCGGCUCAUCGCAAAAGAUCGAAAAACGUUCCCACGACAGUUCGAAUUUGCGAUUUUUCAUUGCCAAUCAGCAAGAUGUUACCGACAUGAUUUCGAUCACAAAUGAUGGAACAUUAACAACCGUCAAAGCUUUGGACAGAGAAGUUCGCGAUUUGUAUCGGUUGACUGUUAUAGCUGAAUACUCCAAGGGUUACGUGAAUGGGGCCGGCAUUUAUCAGGUGAUUGUCCAUGUCGACGACGUCAACGACAAUCCGCCUGUGUUCAAUCAAAGGUCAUAUUCCGGCAUCAUAUUGGAGAAUAGUCCGAUGGGCAGCGAUGUCUAUGUCAUCAAUCAACAAAUUUUCAUCCAUGAUGCGGACAAAGGAAUCAAUGCCGACUUUACGGUAACGCUGAGUGGAGACGGUGCCGAUUUGUUUAAAGUGGAAUUGGUCAAUGGUUCGGUGCCCAGCAAUCAUACAUUGCAGACGUUCGCUAAAUAUCCGAAAAAUAUGAACAUUGCCGAGAGUUUUGCCAAAUUGCAGAUCAUGUUGAUGGACAUAAAGACUCAGCCAAUGAAUGAACCACACUAUGCCGUACGAUUCGUUGGACCUAGGGUCUUAGAUCGUGAACGCGAAAGUUUCUACGAUCUGAAAAUCAUAGCAAAAGAUCAUGGCGGCCUAAGUUCCGUAGUUCCAUUAAAUAUUUAUGUGGCCGACGUUAACGACAACGCGCCCAUAUUCGACAAAAUUGCUGUAUUCAAAGACGUCGGCAUUGAGAUACUGGAAUCGACAAACGAUUUGGAAAUAUAUUUUGUCGAUCGUUUCGGUUCCGAUUUUAAUUCCGUCGCUGACCUCGGUCCAACGGUUGAUCGGCGCAAUGACAGCGAAAAGAUCACCUACGGCAUUAGUUUGCCGAACCGGGAAAUCAUGCAAAUCGGCGAACGUGUCGCCAUAGGUACACCGCGAGGUUUCAACACCAAUGACAAUGUGUCCAAACGGAUCAGAAAAUCGAAACAGUACGAAACUCCGUAUCCGCUAUUCUCCUUGUCGGAGAAGAUACCGGUCGGUAGUGUCAUUUUGAAAAUAUCAGCUACCGAUGAGGAUUACGACGAAAAUGCUCAAAUAUUCUACGAAAUUGUGUCGGAAACGUUCCUGCCGAAGAGAGUGAUACCGAGGCAGGUGCACAUAAUGAAAUACUUGGGCAUCGAUCGGCUAUCGGGCGAAAUCAAAACUAAUCGUCCAUUGCAAGCGGAGUCAGAGAUUCGUCUCAAUAUAUCAGCGAAGGAUGUUGGCGGAUUAACUGACUACACGACGCUGAAAUUUAAAGUGAUCGACAUAAAUGAUCAUGCGCCGAUGUUCGAAAAGCCUUGGUACACAUUCGAUGUGAAUGAAGGAGUCUAUGCUGGAAGCGUUUUGGGGAAAAUUGUAGCUACUGAUGAGGACUAUGGAGACAAUGCCAAUGUUUCGUAUAGCAUCCAGGCUGAGAAAGCUAUUCCGUUUUUUGUCACCCCAUUUUCGGGUGUUCUGAAAAUAAACGGCGAGCUCGAUCGUGAAGCGAAAUCCAAUUACGAAUUCAAAAUAAUGGCCACGGACAACAGUAAAAGUGAGAUGAAACUAUCGUCAUUCGCUGAAAUCGAGGUAAACGUGUUGGAUCUGAACGAUAAUGCACCCGAAUUUACCGGCUACGAUGAAAUCUAUUACGCCCGUUCGAUCGCUGAAUUUGGUGGCAAUGAACGAAAAUUCAUUAACGGCGAUGGAAUCACAUCUGAGAACAAUCUACAAGAUUUAUCGAAUCAACAGAACAUUCCCGUGUACAAGGCCUAUUUGAAGAAGACAACCGAACCGGGCACAUUUGUCAAACAGAUCUCAGCUAUUGAUAAAGAUUUUACGGGAAACGGAAAUGGUCUGGUGAUGUAUGCCCUUCAUCACAACCAGUUGCCGUACUUCUUUGAAAUCGAUUCACGCGAUGGAAUCAUUACGACAGUGUCAAAGUUUACGCGUUUCCACGGCUAUGAGCAUUUAAAUCUGACAAUUAUUGCCUCUGAUCUGGGCAGUCCGUCGCGAACUAGUUCGGCAUUGUUGCUGGUCAAUUUACAGGGAGCCGAUGUGUAUGAUGGCAACGAUGAAGAUCGUAAUUUCCCGGAAAAAUACUACGAAAUCGAAGUGGUCGAAAAUAGUGAGGUUCCAUUGGAGUUGAUUCAGCUGAAUGUGACAUCACAGGAGGAACACUACAAGUGGUCAAUUGUUCCCGAAAUGGAAGUGUUGGUGAAUGAUGAAUUCGAAAUUGAUGCCAAAAAUGGAACAUUGUGGUUGACGAGACCGCUUGACAGAGAAGCGAAAGACGCGUACAGUUUAAAGAUCCGAGCAGAGAAGAUUACGCGUGAGGCUAAAGCAAUGCCGACAAUCACAUAUCCUAUAAGCGACGACAAAAUUCAAGGGCUGAUGGACAACGAAGUUCGGAUAAUCAUAAAAGUAAUCGAUGAAAAUGAUCACGAACCCAAAUUUGUGGGAAAUGGCAAGCCAAUUAUUGCCGUCAUGCCGAACAGUGCCAAUUUCGGCUUUCCCGUAACAAGAGUUCAUGCCACUGACCAAGACAUCGGAUUGAAUGCGGAUGUCAGAUACAGUUUAUUGAACGAACCUUCGAAAUUGUUUGGAAUCGAUGCCAUUAGUGGACGGAUCAGAGUUCUCGGACCGACUCGAAAUGAGCAGAGAGUGUAUGGGUUCGAUGUGAAGGCUACCGAUCGACAAGGGGCUGAUGAUGGUCGCAGUUCCAUUGCUAACGUUUUUGUCUAUGUUCUGGACGAACAUCGUCAAGUCAGACUUGUAAUUGCUGGCGAUCCGGUUGAUGUGGAGAAAGAAAUUGAUACGUUAACUAGAAUGCUGAGCGAUGCUACGGAACUGGACAUACGGGUCCGUAUGCUCGAACCGCAUGUUGGAAGUGUAGAUCCAGCAACGGACGUUUUCAUCUACGCAGUUGAUCCGAGAUCGAAUUCUAUCAUUGACAUGGACGACUUGCAGAGUACCAUGUCAACGGUGGCUAUGCAGAAUCUGACGACCUCAGCCCACAUUCUCGAGCUGUCUCAAAUCGGAAGCCACAAUUUCAGGAACAUAAACACCAUUCAUAAUGCUUCACUGAAAACACCCGAAUUGGCUUCGAUCAUUUUGGCCGUUGUUGUUUUUGCAGGCGGAUUGGCUACAGCGCUAUGUGUAGUUUGUGUUAGAAAUAAACGACGAAACCGGUUAAAUGCACCAAGACAACAGCUUGCAUAUUCCAUAUCAGGCACGCCCAGUACAGUACGCACAACAAGCAAAUCAUCGGGAAGCACAAAACCAAUGUUACCAUCUACACGAACGUUGAGUUCACAAUUAAUUUACCGUGACAGCAAUAAACACAUUACCAAAGAUAGACAUGCAGACCGGCCCAGAGAGUACAUUGAUGUACCACUACCUCAGUCAGUAUUAAACUAUAAUUUAGAUCAUGAUAGCAGUUGCUUGCGCUACAAUCAGAUCCAUCCACAGAAUUUGGACACAUCGGUACCGUCUUUGCAUUCAAGUGGACGUGAUUCGGGAUUGGAUUUAUCCCGUGAACGUAGCGAAAGUCCAUCGAAACAGAUUGUCCGGAUUAUGAGAGAUUCGCAGGUGCGCAGUCGAAUCGGCACCAAACGUAAGAAAUGUACGUGCGGCCAUGCCGAACAACACAGAUGUAGUGGCGAUGAGAGUAGUGACAGCUAUGAAGACUCGUUAAAGAACAUCAAAGUGUGCAGAAGAACGUCACUGCCGAAAAAUUCGGUAUUCCGACGAAGCUUGCAAAUAAAUGCGGUCGGAAGUAGAGGAAUCAGACAUUCAUUUUCAGGCAUCCGAGACGAUUUGGUGCAGGGGUCACCCGGUUUGUUACAACAUCAUCGGAUGGACAUAACCCGGACAUCCGUUUCUGACUUGGAAGAACGGCUACGAAACUUGGAGCGAAGCUUUCGCGAACCAUUUCACUUGAAUAACAAUUCGCGUUGUUGAAUUGUUGUCACGGAAUGCGGAUUUAUAGAUCAAAUUUUACUUUUAUUUUAUUAUUUUGUUUAUUUUUAAUUUAAUUUGAUAGAAAUUCAUUUUACCAUUUUUGUUUUACCCAUUUAACUGUAGUUUAAUCAUUGUGAUUCGAUUUUAUUUUUAUUAAUAUUAUUUCGCGCAAUCGAGUGUUGUGAGGCAAAAUGUGGUAUUUCUGAUGGACAUUAUACAUUCGAUGUUUUAAUUUAAAUUAAAAAAGAUGAAAAUCAGACGCUCAAAUGAAUUGGUGUACGACGCUGGAUAUAGCAGCUAACAAGGAAUAGUUGAAAAACUUUGAAUUUAUAAUGUCGGUCAUUAAUUGGACGAACUAUAACACUACAUAGGAUAUUAUCGUAUACAUAUUCGCUUAGUCUAUUAAGAAAAUUUUGUAACAACCGCUGAUUAAUUCAUAAAGUUUGUUAAAAUAAACGAAACAAAAAAUUAAAAUCAAGUUGAAUAUUCUGAUCGGCAUUUUGUGGUCUGAGAGGAUGCUUUUACUCCGGGAACCAUGUUUAGAGCAGUGUGGAAGUAUGUGGUUUGUUUACGAA